GUGACGUGUUGGGUGUGAUGAGUGACGUGUUGGGUGUAAUGGGUGACGUGUUAGUCAGACGCCGACUAAUGCUGAUUGUCGUGGGUGAAAGCCUAGCGAAGUUCUGGCCAUAUAAAAACUCUUUAUUUUAUUUUUUAUUUUUAUUUUUUUUAUGGUUACGUUGUGGUUGCCCGCAGGUCGCCAUGUUGCCGCAGUGGCUGCAAUGCUAAGACACACUAAGCCUAUUGGUGUGGAGGUGAAAAUGGAGGCCGCGGCCUUGAUGGGGACGCCGUGGGGGGCGCUCGUGGCGGCGGCGAGGGGCGUGGGGGUCUGGCUGACGUUCCGCCGCCACGAAGCCUACGAGCCUCACGACGACCUCCUCCUGCCGCUGCACGACAGCGGGGUGAAGCUGUGGGGGUUCAGAGGCUGCGUGGGCACCUCCGCUGGGGUGGCCGCCCUCGCGUCGGUGGCUAACGGCGCUGUCCUUUCCAUCCGCAUGGCGGCGCCCCUGGACCUCAACGCCCUCGAGAAUACAUACGUGUUCCUCAGUGUGUACACGCGCCUCCUCCCUUUCCCUGGCCCCCCCUCCCCCGCGUGGUCACGUCCUCUCUCUGGGGACAGUCCCCUGCAUGCAAAGCCAGGGCUGAUCGUGGAAGGGGCAGAUGAGGGGUCCUGGGAGGCCGUGGCCCACACCUUCACCUCCCUCGUCCCCCCUGGCAAGAGGUGCGUAGUCCCCCGACUCCCGUGGGGUGAAAUGGAGUUCAAUUUGUUGCACAUCGUAUAACAAAUUAAUAAUUAU